AAUAUAGCGUUUCAGUUCAAAGCUAAACGCGGUUACUGUCCGACAUGAGUUUCGUUUUCACCGUCCAUUCCUGUUUGCUUCUUUUCUUUGCAUCGUUUCCAUUGACCACUGGAAUUUCUUUGUACGAAAAAGUACAAUUACUGGAAACUAAUUACGCUGACAUCAAAGAGGUGUUGGAGUGUAAAGUUCUGAAUUUAGAGACGAAAGUGAUCGCACUGGAAGCGAAAAUAGCUGCGUUGGAAGAAAAGGCAGAGCAGCAAGAGUCUGUUCUUACCACAUUACAAAAUGAACAGGAAAAUACUACCCCGAUGGUCGCUGACACUAUUGAAAUUGAUCAUCAAAUCGUAAAAAAUAACCCCAUCUACCGAACUUGUUACGAGAUGAGUGAAGCAAAUCCUUUACUGGAUUCCGGAAUGUACUGGAUAGACCCGGAUGGAAAAGGAAUUGGGGACGAUGCCUUCACCGUCUACUGUAACAUGACUUCGGGUUCGACUUUAAUUUUUCACGAUACAGAACCGAAAACGGACGUCGGGCACUGCGCCGGCCGCGGAUGCUAUUCUCGUAAAAUUAAUUACGGUGCAUCUAGUAGACAAGUUGCUGCACUGAUCGCAUUAUCCGAGGAAUGCCAACAAUCCAUCACGUACGAGUGUAUCAGUGCUCCCCUGCAAUUCAACGGUGUUGACUUUUCGUGGUGGGAUGACAAGAACGGAGAAUCGCAAUACUUUUGGUCUGGAAACAACAAAAGUAUGCACACUUGUCAGUGCGGAAUCGAUCGAAAUUGCGUCGAAUCUCAUAUUACUUGCAAUUGUGACUCCAUUUUCCAGAAACCUUUAACCGAUAGUGGGAUAAUAACGGACAAGAAUAUUCUUCCAAUCAUGCGUUUGAAUUUCGGUCGAACUAUGGAAAACAGUUCGUCCGGAUUGCACACGCUUGGCCCUUUGGAAUGCUGGGGAAAAUUGGAAACUAAACAAUUGCCUUCAUCUUGCGAAGAUCUAUGGCGUAUAGGCCACGUCUUUAGCGGAUUCUAUUCCGUUAAGGGGGAAAAAUUUGUCGAAACUGUUCACUGUGAUUUUUCAAGGCGACCGGACCAGCAAAAAUUCCAAACUUGGAUUGGAUAUUCCGAUGUUAAAUCUUUGCCGACCUACUUCUUCGUGCAGAAAAACGCAAGUUUCAAUCGCACGAAAACUCCCAUUCCAUUCGAGAUUGAACAACUGAACACCGGAAAGGCUAUGGAUUUGUCGUCUGGGAAAUUUACAGCACCCAGGAUGGGAACUUAUUUUUUCACAUUCACAGGAGUGGUGAAUUUCCCAACUACCCCCGCCACAUCCAGAGUUGCCCUUUCCAUAGGUCUGUAUUCAAACGGAAAAAGAAUUGCAUUGGGUUAUGUUGAAAAGGGCAACAACGUCGUCCAGUUUAGUCCCGUCACUCUCCAGUCAACGUUAAUGUUAAAAAGCGGAGACCAAAUUUGGUUGCAGAUUACAGCUAUGUCACCUGGCGUGUACUUGUUUGACAGUAAUUACUACUACACCCACUUUACCGGUUGGCUGUUGGAGGAGGACAUUUUUAGCCAAUAAAUUAAGGAACAAUACACUUAUACGUCCUGAAACUGCUUGUCUUUGAUA